AUGAAGCCCUGGGUUCUCCUACUCAUCCUGUGCAUCUGUGGGGUGGAGAUGCUUCUGCCUGUGCUGGGAAGUGUCAGGAACAAACUUAUCUAUGAAGUAAGAGAAAUUGAGCAGUGCUGGGUACAGCCGCCGAUGAAGUAUUGUGCGCAAAGGUGCACCAGGUUACGUGGAUGCACAAGGUCAAAUUAUACAUGCUGCUGGACCUUCUGUGGCAACAUCUGCUUGCACAAUGAGUGA